GGACAUGAACGGCCAUUGAGGGCGGCCAGUGUGCCGGUGAGCCCCCCCAUCUGCUCAGUGUGCGGGCUGAGCUUCGAUGGAGGACCACAUGACGGGGCACAACAAGGAGAAGCGUUAUGAGUGCGACGUCUGUGGCAAGGCAUGGCAGAGCCCGAGCAUGCUGGAGGCCCACCGGCGGGUACACACGGGAGAACGCCCCUUCAACUGCUCGGAGUGCGGCAAGAACUUCACCCGCUACAGCAGCCUGCUGCGGCACAACCGCGUGCACUCAGGCGAGAGUCCGUACACCUGCAUUGACUGUGGCAAGAGCUUCUCCCAAUCCAGCAUCCUGCUGGCGCACCAGUGCACCCACACCGGCGAGCACCCCUACACCUGCACCCAGUGCGGCAAGGGUUUCACCAACACCACCAAGCUGUUGAGGCACCAGCACACCCACACCGGCGAGCGCCCCUACACCUGUGUCCAGUGCGGCAAGGGUUUCACCAGAUCUGAUAGCCUGCUGGAGCACCAGCGCACCCACACCGGUGAGCGCCCCUAUACCUGUGUCCAGUGCGGCAAGGGCUUCACCAGAUCCAGCAGCCUCCUGGAGCACCAGCGCACCCACACCGGCGAGCACCUCUACACCUGCACCCAGUGCGGCAAGGGCUUCACCAACACCACCAAGCUGCUGAGGCACCAGCGUACCCACACCGGCGAGCGUCCCUACACCUGUGUCCAGUGCGGCAAGGGCUUCACCAGAUCCGACAGCCUGCUGGAGCACCAGCGUACCCACACCGGCGAGCGCCCCUAUACCUGUAUCCUGUGCGGCAGGGGCUUCACCAGAUCCAGCAGCCUCCUGGAGCACCAGCGCACCCACACCGGCGAACGGCCCUACACCUGUGCCCAGUGUGGCAAGGGCUUCACCCGCUCCUCCAAGCUGCUGUCCCACCAGCGGGUGCACGCCGGCGACCAGCCCUAA